AUGUCCGAUGACGAGUUAUCCAUUGAUGCAAACAUAUUUGAAGAACCAGAAGGCUUCUUGCCACCACCACCGGAAUCACAUUAUGCCACUUACGACCGCAAAGUGUCCCAUGCUGAACCAAAACAGAUUCGAAUGAAGUUAGUUGGAAAAUCACCCUUAUGGGGUCACAUGCUUUGGAAUGCUGGUAUAUUUACUGCUGAUUAUUUGGAUAAACACGCAACUGAGCUAGUUGAGGGAAAACGUAUUUUGGAAUUGGGGGCGGCAGCUGCUUUACCUUCAUUAGUUUGUGUUGUUAAUGGAGCAAAGGAAGUAAUUGCGACUGAUUAUCCUGAUCCCGAUUUGAUCAACCAUAUCGAAUACAGUUUUGGAGAGUUGUCACAGAAAGUACCUCAGAUAUCAGAUUAUAAAGUGAAGGGGUAUAUAUGGGGCAACAAUGUCAAAGAAGCGCUUUAUGGCGAUGAAGAAACACGCGAUCUAAAGGAAGAUGAGAAAUUCGACUUGAUUAUACUAUCAGAUCUUAUUUUCAAUCAUACUGAACAUCACAAGUUACUAUCUGCAUGCCGUCAAUCACUAAAGUCGACUGGGAAAUGUCUUGUUGUAUUCAGUCCACAUCGGGCUCAUCUACUUGAUGAAGAUUUGAAAUUUUUUCAAACUUGUGAAGAAUAUGAUUUCAAAGCUGAAAGGAUUGACAUGAUCAACAUGACUCCGAUGUUUGUUGAAGAUGAAGAGACUGCUGAAGUUAGGUCAAGAGUAUAUUCAUACUUUUUGAUCCCGCGAUGGUAG